CAAGUUCCCUGUCGCUUCCUCUCGAGCUACCAAGUCUCACAUAUCGAGGCUCUGCGCACUCUUUGCAUUCCUCGCUACCUGUGCAUUCAUUCGCUGCAUAUCACUAUCGCUGUCGCCCCUACCGCGCCUGAGGCAGUAACUAAUCGCGCAUCUCCACAGACGAGGACCACCAGUACGAGAUGGAUCCUCGACGCCCAGGUCCCGGGCGCACACCCUCGCCAGGACACCCGCUCGCAGGCUACCAGCUCGGAGACAACUAUGGCUCGCAAGCCGGGCCGCUCGAAAUCCCCAUGGGACCCAACAUGACACAUCCAGCCGCUUCGGGAGACAGACUGCCAUUGCAACCAAGUUACUCGGUGGAGAACAUCCCGUACGCUGCAGGAAACUAUCACGACGACUAUGAUCCACGACCGCAACGACACGACAGCGACUACUCGCUCGACCCGCAGGCGCAUCACGAUGCGUACUACAACCAGCCCUACGAUCCCACGCCGCACGACGAGAGCCCGCACCAAGGCUAUGGCACACAGCCAGAUCAUUACUGGCAGGACCAACAGGAUGGAAGGCCAAUGCUGGGGGGCGCCAACUCGUAUGGCCCAGAUCCUCACGACUUGGACGACCACAUGGACCCCGAGAACCCAUUUGACGACGAGCCUGUCCAGCACACCCCCAGCCCGGCGCCAAUCAAGCGAUGGAAGACAGUCAAGGAAGUGCAGUUGUUCAAGGGCAACUUGGUGCUUGACUGCCCAAUUCCUCCGCGACUGCUGAACCAGGUUCCACAUGCACAGCCCCCAGAGCGUGACGAGUUCACACAUAUGCGCUACUCGGCCGCCACAUGCGACCCCGCAGACUUUGAUGCAGAGCGCUUUACUCUGCGCCAGAAACUGUUUGCAAAGCCUAGGCACACAGAGCUGUUCAUUGUUGUGACCAUGUACAACGAAGAAGACGAGCUGUUUGCGCGAACCAUGAUGGGUGUCAUCAAGAACAUCGAGUACAUGAACUCGCGAACCAACAGCAAGACGUGGGGCAAGGACGCGUGGAAGAAGAUUGUCGUUUGCGUCGUCAGCGAUGGACGUGCGAAAAUUAACCCGCGAACCAGAUCCGUUCUCGCAGGUCUUGGUGUGUACCAGGACGGUAUUGCCAAGCAGCAAGUCAACGGCAAGGAUGUGACGGCGCAUAUUUACGAAUACACCACGCAAAUGACUCUUGACAUCAAGAAAGGUGUCGUUGGUGUCAAAAAGGGCACCACACCUGUACAGAUGCUAUUCUGUCUGAAGGAAAAGAACCAGAAGAAGAUCAACUCGCAUCGAUGGUUUUUCCAGGCUUUUGGUACGGUCCUGGACCCCAACAUCUGCGUUCUGAUCGAUGCUGGUACCAAGCCUGGCAAGGAUUCCAUCUACCAGCUCUGGAAAGCGUUCGAUCUCGAGCCCAUGUGCGCAGGCGCUUGUGGUGAGAUCAAGGCUAUGUUGGUGCACGGCAAGAAGCUCUUGAACCCGCUUGUCGCCACUCAAAACUUCGAGUACAAAAUGUCCAACAUCUUGGAUAAGCCAUUGGAAUCAGCCUUUGGGUUUAUCACUGUGCUUCCUGGUGCUUUCUCUGCAUACCGCUAUGUCGCUCUCCAAAACGACAAAACCGGACAGGGACCACUCGAGAAGUACUUCGCUGGUGAGAAGAUGCAUGGUGCGAACGCCGGUAUCUUCACGGCCAACAUGUACCUUGCCGAAGAUCGUAUCCUCUGUUUCGAGCUCGUCUCCAAGAGGAACUGCCACUGGAUCCUGCAAUACGUUAAGUCUUCCAACGGUGAGACUGAUGUGCCCACCACAAUGGCGGAAUUCAUCGGUCAGCGCCGUCGAUGGUUGAACGGUUCCUUCUUCGCUGCAGUCUACGCCCUGGCCCACUCCUUCGACAUCUUCCGCAGCGAUCACUCGGCGAUCCGCAAGACCAUGUUCCUCGUUGAGUUCUUCUACCAGACCAUCAGCAUGCUCUUCGCCUGGUUCGCUCUCGGCAACUUUUUCCUGGUCUUCCACAUCCUCACCGGCUCCCUGGCUACUUACAUCGGCACUGCUGGUAAAGUUCUGUUCAUCGUGUUCGAAUGGCUUUACAUUGCAGUGCUGAUAACGUGCUUCAUCUUGUCACUCGGUAAUCGACCGCAAGGUUCGAACAAGUGGUACAUGUCUAUGGUAUACUUCUGGUGUAUUAUCAUGACAUAUCUCAUGUUCGCGUCGGUUUUCAUUACGGUCAAGUCGAUUCAAGGUGUGGUUAACGAUCCCGACGGCUUCAGCUUUGCGGACGUCUUCCAGAACACGAUCUUCUUCAACCUGAUUGUCUCGUUGGCAUCGACAUACAUCAUGUGGUUUGUCGUCUCGUUCCUGUUCCUGGAUCCGUGGCACAUGUUCACUUGUUUCAUCCAGUACCUGCUCAUGACACCGACAUACAUCAACAUCCUAAAUGUCUACGCUUUCUGUAACACGCACGAUAUCACCUGGGGUACGAAGGGUGACGACAAGCCCGAGAAGCUCCCUUCGGUCACCACCAAGGCUGACGGCAAGGCUGAUAUCCAGGCUCCUACCGACGAUGCUGACCUGAACACCAUGUACGAGAAAGAGUUGCAAACUUUUAGCGUCAAGUGGAAGGAAGAGAAGAAGAUUCCCUCACCCCAAGACAAGCAGGAGGACUACUACAAGGGCUUCCGAUCCGGUGUUGUCCUGUUCUGGAUGCUCUGCAACCUGGGUCUUACCGCUCUCGUGCUGCAAACUGGCGGCUUGGAGGUCACGGUCGCCGACGAAAAGAAGACCGAGCACCAGACUCGUGUUGCGAACAUCUACCUGGGUGUCGUCUUGUGGAGUGUUGCUGGUCUCGCGGCGUUCCGAUUCAUCGGAGCCGUGUGGUUCCUGAUUGUGCGCAUGUUCCGAGGUGUAUAAGGGUCUGUAGCCGCAAGCAAUCCCAUGGGUGUUUGGCGCAGGUUUGUGUAUGUAUGGUACAACAGCCUUUGGUCUGGCAUGCACAUUAGCGGCCAGCAUGAUUUGAUGCUAUGAUCGCGUUUCGUCUGUUGCAUAUGAGCUUCAUGAUUUGUUACCAGUAUUAUACCUCGAUAGUACGCUAUCUCGUAUUGAAUGGCAUGACCUUCUGGUUCUCAUAAC